UGCUAAAAAGCCUGUUGAAUUUGAAGUCCCGAAAGCUAUAAAGUACGAUAACAUUCUCUGAGCAUUUGAGGAGGAGAACCAAGAAGAAAACAUUUGAAAUGCCGAAACAUCGUCCUCUCUCUUCUUCUUCUUCUUCUUCUUUCAGUAGUAAAUUCACGAAAAUCCCACCUCUUCAGACUUUGCUGAAAAGUGGUUUCACUCCCACUGUCAAAUCCAUUAACAAAUUCCUGUACUUUCUCACCAAAACACGCAGACCGAAGCUAAUCAUUCACUUCUUCUCUCAAAUGAAAUCAAACCAAUUCAGUGGCAAUUCACAAACACACUCAUUCUUUACAUGGGCUCUCCUAAAAUCACACCAUUAUGAAGAAGCAGAGCAUUUCAUGAAGACCCAAAUGGUGAAAGCUUCAAACUUUCCGAGAGAUUGCAUGUGGGACUCUCUGAUUCAAGGCUUUUGCAUCCACCGAAUGGACCCAGAAAAGGCGUUGUUGGUGUUGCAGGAUUGCUUGCGAAACCUCGGUACUUUGCCUUCUUCUUUCACAUUUUGUUCGUUAAUUCAUAGGUUAUGCUCCCAGGGAGAUAUGAGUAAGGUGAUUGAGGUCUUGGAGUUGAUGACAGAUGAGAGAGUCAAAUACCCAUUUAACAAUUUUGUUUGUAGCUUGGUGAUAUCCGGGUUUUGUAAAAUUGGGAAGCCGGAAUUGGCAGUUGGGUUUUUCGAGAAUGCCAUAAGUUCAGGAGCUAUUCGUUCUAAUGUUGUGACUUACACUGCUCUUGUGGGUGCUCUUUGUAAGUCGGGAAGAGUGAGUGAGGUUAAUGGCUUAGUUCGUAGAAUGGAGAAGGAAGGAGUUGCAUUUGAUGCUGUAUUUUAUAGUAGCUGGAUUUGUGGGUAUAUUUCAGAAGGUGAUUUGAUGGAGAUGUUCCGGAGGAAGAAACAGAUGGUGGAAAAAGGAAUAAGCCCAGAUAAUAUUAGCUAUGCUAUAUUGAUUAAUGGACUUUCCAAACUAGGAGAUGUGGAAAAGGCUGCUGGUUUCCUAAAGAAGAUGAGCAAUGAUGGUUUAGAACCUAAUUUGGUAACGUUUACUGCCAUCAUGUUGGGAUUUUGUGAGAAAGGAAAAUUGGAGGAGGCAUUUUCUUUUUUAAAGAUUCUUGAAGAUUUGAGGAUUGAAUUGGAUGAGUUUGUGUAUGCAACUUUAAUUCAUGGAUGUUGCAGGAAGGGAGAUUUUAAUCGUGUUUUCUGUCUGCUCAAUGAAAUGGAGAAGAGGGGGAUUAAUCCAAGCAAUGUUACGUACAAUACUAUGAUUAAUGGAUUAUGCAAGUUUGGGAGGACAUCUGAGGCAGUCCGGGUCUCGAAGAGCAUACGUGGAGAUACUAUAACUUAUACUACGUUAUUACAUGGGUACAUCCGUGAAGAAAACAUCCCAGGAAUUUUGGAAACGAAGAAGAGAUUUGAAGAAGCUGGAGUCUGUAUGGACGUUGUUAUGUGUAAUGUGCUUCUCAAAGCUCUAUUUAUGGUGGGAGCAUUUGAGGAUGCUUCUUUACUUUACAAGGGAAUGCUAGAAAUGGACUUGUUUGCUGAUUCAGUUACAUAUUGUACAAUGAUUGAUGGGUAUUGUAAAGUAGGUAGAAUUCACGAGGCAAUUGAGAUAUUUGCUGAUUUUAGAAGAACAUCAAUUUCUUCAGUUGCCUGCUACAAUUGUAUUAUCACUGGGCUCUGCACCAAGGGUAUGGUGGAUAUGGCUAUUGAGAUGUUCAUUAAACUGAAUGAGAAAGGUUUGGCAUUGGAUGCAGGUAUCUAUAUGAUACUAAUGAAGGCAAUAUUCAAAGAAAGGGGUGCAGCAGGGGUUUCAAAUUUGGUUUUCCAAUUGGAGAAUAUGAGGCUAGAAGUGUCUGAUUUAAUAUGCAAUAAUGCUAUUAGUUUCCUGUGCAAGAGAGGUCAUCCUGAGGUUGCGGUCAAAGUGUUCAUGAUAAUGAGAAUGCAAAUGUCAAUUCUGACUAGUAAGUCUUACUAUUUACUUAUAAAACAGCUAAUUGCUCAUGGAAGAAAAAGGUUAGGUUUGCUUCUUUUGAAUAAAUUUUUGAAAGAGUAUGGACUAAUUGAACCUAGAUUAAGCAAGAUUCUAGCAUACUAUCUGUGUCUAGAAAAUGUUAGUAGUGCCCUAUUUUUCCUAGACAAAAUGAAGGACAGCUAUGUGACUAUCGUUUUACCGCUUUCUCUUUUCAAGACACUUAUAAAGGAUGGUAGAGUUUUGGAUGUACAUAAACUUGUAAUGAAGGCUCGAGGUAACCUACCUGUUAUGGAUGUGUUCGAUUAUUCAAAAGUGGUUGAUAGCCUCUGUAAGAGAGGAUAUAUCAGCGAGGCAUUGGAUGUCUGUGAAUUUGCUAAAUGUGAGGGUAUUGCGCUAAACAUUAUCUGUUACAAUUCAAUUAUAAAUGGGUUGUGUCGCCAAGGUUGUCUUGUUGAAGCCUUUCAGCUAUUUGAUUCAUUAGAGAGAAUUGGUUUGGCUCCUUCUGAAAUCACAUAUGGUACUUUAAUCGAUGCUUUAUGCAGAGAGGGGUUUCUGUUAGAUGCCAAGAAGUUGUUUGAGAAGAUGGUCCUCAUUGGCUCUAAACCAAAUACACAUGUGUACAACUCAUUAAUUGAUGGUUAUUGCAAAAUUGGACAAGUAGAGGAAGCCUUAAAGCUGAUUGAUGAUUUGGAGGUAAAAUGCCUUAAGCCUGAUGAAUUCACUGUUAGUGCUUUAAUCAAUGCUUGUUGCCGAAAAGGUGAUUUGGAAGGGGCUGUUGAAUUUUUUCGCAACUUCAAGAGGAAAGGUAUAUCACCUGAUUUCUUGGGUUUCAUGUAUAUAAUCAGAGGUCUAUGUGGCAAAGGAAGGAUGGAAGAAGCCAUGAAAAUCUUGAGAGAAAUGCUUGACUCCCAGUCUGUUAUUGAGCUUCUAAAUAGAGUUGAUAUUGAGUUAGAAACAGAUUCACAUAGUUUGCUCGACUCUUUACGUGACCAUGGAAACAUUGUAGAAGCAGUUACUGUGCUUAAUGGAGUUGGCUCCAUAUUUUACCCUGCUUGUAGGUGGUCCCAUGCCUAUCAUGAUGGAUCACAUAUGUUACACAAACUUUAUGACGGGGAGACUUUUGGUACUGUUAAUUCAAAGUCUGUAACCUUCCCCAACAAAACCGAUUUAUCUUUUGGAUUUUCUGACAUGAAAAAUGUGAAUAAGCAAGUGAAAAACAGUGGCCAUGUAGGGAGCAGAUCUCUAGUUCAUGACUUCGACUCCUACUAUUCAAGAAUUGCUUCACUUUGUUUAAGAGGGGAGCUACAGGAGGCUAGUCAACUUGCAAAAAAAAUACUGUCCUAGUUUGGAAUUAGCCUAUAAGGUUGAACUGCUUUCCCUUUGGUUUGGGACAAAGAGCCAUGCAUUUAGAGGGAAAUGUGAAAUGAUCUAGACCCUUAGAGGGAUAAAAGCCUUUAAUCCUAAGUUGAUUUUGCAUCUCCCUUGGAUUUGGAUUGUGAUGGAGAUGGAAGUUGGGGCCCAUACUUUUGUAAUUCCUCUGGUUUGGUCUGUGUUGCGGGGAAUAGAUGUAGACAUAGAAGAAGUUUUGCAAAAGAAGAAACAAUUUCGACUCUCCUCCGUAGACAUGGCCAAAUAUGGUGAAUGGUAUUGAUGUUGGACUAACCAAUUAGUAAACUUUCAUUUGUAAUGUCACAUAGCAGCUAUUGCAUCUGGUAAUAAUCGAAUUUCUGUCAGAAUUCACAGCAUGAAUUUGGGAAAGCAAGUGGGAUGGCUCUACGUGCAAGGAUUGCCAUGUAUAGAGCUCUCUUACAGACUGUUUGGAUGGUUUAAUGCGGAUGUAGUAGCUGCAAUUGAUCAGUUACAAUUUCUUCUGUCUUCUUGGACGCAAAUGGUUACAAAUGUUGCUGAGGAAGAAACUAUGUAAUCACAACUAGAAUAGCUCCAGCCAUUGCCAUUGAAGCCAACAUUUCGAGCAAUGACUCUGAAACCAGGUGGAUCAAGGAAAUUCUCAGUUAUGCUCACAGUUGGAUCUGUGACUGGAACCUACUGAUUCAGAAAGGCAACAAACGGCACAAGGUGAGGAUUCCGGUGGCAGCUAUGAGAUGCAAACAAUAAUUUAUUAUGGGUUGUAAUAUUCUUUGUAAUCUGUAGGAAUAAGAUAAAGAGUUUUGUGUAUUUUGUCUGAAAUAUAUUAAGCUGUAAAGAUGACUUGUAUAAUGGGGAAAACUCUUUUUAAGUUUCAUUCA